UUGACACUGUUCCAUCCAGAAUUCAAGACGUAAUUGCAACUGGCCUUCAUGUCCCACCUCUUGAGGUUAAGCCUCCACUGGUUACCCCUUUGAUCCACCAAGUUCACAGGGACUCCGUCUCUACGUGUCUUUCUGAGAUGUUGCUCUAUGAUGUUACUAAGCAUGCUGAUAAGCUCAGUAAAAGUGCUAAUACAAAGAUGCAACAAAAGGAAACUGGCACGCAAGGUUCAAGCUGCGCAGUGGAGGUUGGAGGCCAUCUUCAAGUGUGCUCGAUUAUCGUGGAGAAUCUGAACAAGCAGGGGAUGGUGCUUAUCGAGAUGUUAUGUGAAGAGUGUAGCCAUUUUCUUGAGAUAGCAAAUGUGAUCAGGAGCUUGGAUCUCAUCAUCCUAAGAGGCAUCACCGAGGCUCAGGGCGAGAAGACAUGGAUAUGCUUUGUAGUUGAGAGCCAGAGCAACAAAGUAAUGCAGAGGAUGGACAUUUUGUGGUCUCUGGUGCAAAUAUUUCAGCCAAAGGCCAAUGGCAAGCGGUAG